AUGGCGAUAAAUGCCCAGACAGAGAACACAAGAGAAAUUCAGCUUCCCUCGCCUUCCCAUUCCCCUGGCACAGCCCAGCCCAGCUCGCCCAGCCAGACAGGACCAGUUUGUUGCCUCCCCCAGACAGAGAACGGGGUGGGGGGGGAGUGGGGAGCGUUUAUCAGACGGAGUAACGCCCGGCGGCCAGUCGUCCAAGACAGGGAGGAUCGGCCCCGGCCAGGCCCGUCUGGCUGCAAAGCCACCGGCGGCUUCUGCCCCGGGAGACAGGCUUCUGCUCCUAGCCGCCUAAGCUUCCCGAGGCGGCUCGGGGGCCCGAGACCCCCACCUAGGCCACUCCGGCCUCUCAACUUGAAGCCCCCGGAGGGGCGUCGGGAUCCCGCCCUGCUGCGGACCCAAGUGUCGCCUCACGGCCCUCCCCCAGGGCCGGGUCACGGGCCUCACAAGCCGCCGCAUGCGCCUAGGUUGCUCCCGGGUUCACUCACCUUCGCUGCCGGCCCAAAACUCCGAACGCUUUUUCCUGGCGCCCCACCCCCCGACCCGCGUGCGCACGCGCGCUCCCUGCUCCCUGCCCAUUGGCGCCGAGGGGCCCCGCCCCGCCCCUGCCCGGCGCCAGGCCGUGUGGACGGCUCUGCUGAGUCCACGUGUAACGGGCUCCGGCCCAACAAGGACCAGGCAGAUGCAGUUCUGCGGGCCUUUCCAAAGGGGACACUCGGCUCGAAUCCCCAGGGGCCCAGAUGGUUGCUAGUCAACCCCAGAAAUCCCCAGGAAUGUAGUCCAGCGAGUUCAGAACAGACCCCAGCUGCUCGGAGCAGCACCCAAGGUCAGGAUAUCCUGCAUUCCAAGCAAGAAGCGGAGCUGCAUUUGGAACCUGGAGAAGAGGGUAUCCCUGGGGGAGCUGGGGUGGAGUAG